CAAACGGCAGUUUGAUUUUGUUCCAUUAAAGGAUAGGGUUGGGUCACACUCCCACUGUAAAACCAGUAGUCAUCCAUGGCGACCAUGGCAUCCUCUUCUUCUCUCUCCUUCCUCUUCACAACCUCACCUUCAUCUUCUUCUCACUCUCUCUCUCUAAAGAGAACCCCAUUGUUCGCUCUAAAGAGAACCCCAUUGCUUAGAAUUGAUGCGAAGGCCGCAACGCGAAGGGAGAAUAGGGUGGCUCGCCAUGAGCGCAUCAGAAAGAAGGUAGAGGGCAGCCCUGAGAGGCCAAGACUAUGCGUCUUCCGGUCGAACAAGCAUAUGUACGUCCAGGUUAUUGAUGACUCAAAGAUGCACACACUUGCCGCUGCUUCGACAAUGCAGAAACCACUCAGGGAUGAAAUAGACUUCUCUUCAGGACCCACUAUUGAAGUUGCAAAAAAAAUUGGCGAAGCCAUUGCCAAAGCUUGUUUAGAAAAGGGGAUCACAAAAGUGGCUUUUGAUCGGGGAGGUUUUCCUUACCAUGGUCGGGUAGAAGCGCUUGCUGAUGCCGCUCGGGAGCACGGUCUUGAAUUCUGAAUUUCGAAUUGCUUGUUUGCCACAAUUUCUGCGAAUUUUACUAUUGCUGUAUUUGCUGUCGCAGAUAUCAAAUCUGAACUGUUGUUUGGGUUCUUCAUGACCAAGAGGAUAGUUAGUUUCCAGUGUUUGUCAGUGAGAUUAAAUUUGUAACUUUUGGAAGCUAUCGGAUGAAACACGUCAUACUAAAAUUUCUCAUUUUGGAGUCGUGAUUAUAUUAGAUAUCCACAGUCAUUUCUGAAAAA